GAGGUGGAGCUCUGAAGGUUGUGUCCCUGUGCAGGCGGGGCCUCAGUGUUUGCAGACCCACUCACACCGCAGUUCGCGCCUGGGUCCGGCUGCGGGAUGCUGCUGCACGUGCGGAACCUGCGGCUCUGCUUUCCCGGAGCGCGCGCCUGGCCCGGCCCGCGACCUCGCCGUUACCACGGGGACAAAGUGGCAACGGUUGGUUCGGAGCCCGACACCAACUCGGACCUUUUCCAGGAAAACUAUGAACGAAUGAAGGCAUUAGUUACAGAACUGAAUGAGCGAGCAGAGAAAAUCAGAUUAGGGGGAGGAGAUAAAGCUCGACAGCGUCACACAUCAAGAGGGAAGUUGCUCCCUAGAGAACGUAUCGACCGACUGCUUGAUCCGGGAUCUCCAUUCCUGGAAUUUUCACAAUUUGCUGGUUAUCAACUGUAUGGCGAAGAGGAGGUACCAGCAGGAGGCAUCAUCACAGGUGUGGGAAGAGUAUCUGGGGUUGAAUGUUUGAUUGUUGCCAAUGACGCGACAGUAAAAGGGGGAUCAUACUACCCAAUCACAGUGAAGAAGCAUGUAAGAGCACAGGAGAUUGCAAUACAAAACCACCUGCCCUGUGUUUAUUUAGUGGAUUCUGGUGGUGCAAACUUACCUCGCCAAGCAGAUGUUUUUCCAGAUCGAGAUCAUUUUGGGCGUAUUUUUUAUAAUCAGGCCAACAUGUCUGCAAUGGGAAUUGCACAGAUAGCUGUGGUCAUGGGUUCAUGUACAGCAGGAGGAGCAUAUGUUCCUGCCAUGGCUGAUGAAAGUAUCAUUGUGAAGAAUCAAGGGACAAUUUUCUUAGGAGGACCACCACUGGUGAAAGCUGCAACUGGUGAAGAAGUUUCAGCUGAAGACCUUGGAGGUGCUGAUCUCCACUGCAGGAAGUCUGGUGUGACUGAUCAUUACGCCUUGGAUGAUGCUCAUGCGCUUCAUUUGGCACGAAAGGCUGUUCGAAAUCUCAACUAUCAGAAGAAAUUAGAUGUGCCGGUGGAAGCCCCAGAGGAGCCACUGUUCCCUGCUGAUGAAUUAUACGGUGUAGUUGGUGAUAAUCUGAAAAAAAGUGUUGAUGUCAAAGAGGUUAUCGCCAGAAUAGUGGAUGGAAGUAGAUUUAGUGAAUUCAAAGCUUUUUAUGGAGACACUUUAGUUACAGGGUUUGCAAGAAUUUUUGGGUACCCAGUUGGCAUAAUCGGAAACAAUGGAGUCCUUUUCUCAGAAUCUGCAAAGAAGGGCACCCAUUUUAUUGAGCUGUGUUGUCAGAGGAAUAUCCCCCUCAUAUUUCUGCAGAACAUAACAGGUUUCAUGGUUGGUCGAGAAUAUGAAGCUGGCGGAAUAGCUAAAGAUGGGGCCAAAAUGGUGACUGCAGUUGCAUGUGCAAAUGUUCCAAAAAUUACUGUCAUUGUUGGUGGUUCCUAUGGUGCCGGAAACUAUGGAAUGUGUGGAAGAGCAUAUAGCCCAAGGUUCCUGUACAUGUGGCCAAAUGCACGCAUUUCUGUGAUGGGGGGUGAGCAAGCUGCUACUGUUUUAGCUACAAUUACAAAGGACCAAAGGGCAAGAGAAGGAAAAGAGAUGGAGACUUCACCAUUCCUACACUUGCUGGGUCUAAAUCCUCGAUCUCCCUCCCUAACAGCAUUGUGGGUGGAAUGACACAAAAUAAAUAGCAGCAUUUCAAGAAAACAGCUCACCACCACCAUCUCAAGAGCAAAUAGGGAUGGGUAUCAGAUGCUGGCCCAGCCAGCGAAGCCUGCAUCCCCAAAUAAAUUGAAAUGAAAUAGAAAUGCACAUUAAGCAAUCAAUUCAAUUCGCAGUCACAUGAAGCAAUAUAAUACAAAUAAAUAAUUGCUGAAAUUUUAUCACACUUUUAACGUUGUCCACAAUGCAGUCGAUAAAUUGUUUUUGAAGUAAUUUAUUUGAAGACUAAUAUGGCAUUCAAGAUGCGCUCAACACACCAGAAACACAAUGAGCUGAAUCUAGGUGUUAGUGUGGAUUGAAGGAUAUGUGAUGGGUAUGAUGCUAAACUAGCUAUUUGCUUUUCUUUGAAAUGUGCUGUGUGAUAUUUAUCUAACAUCCAGAAUUGGAUGAGUAGAUAUUUCACCCAAAAAAAAAUUAGGAAAACUGAAACUAUUGUGCUCAAUCUUCAGCAUUUGCUGCUAUUGCGGGCCAUGAUGGACUGUAGAUUCUAGGGAGCCAACUUCCACUGGAAUCUGAAACCUGCAGUUCACUAAAUGGAAGCCUAUGCUGAUGGGCUGGCCAGGACCUGUCAGUGUGCAAACUUGGACUAUUUGACUUAUCCCACUGCUCAUGUGAUGAAAGAUCAUCAACAUGAAAUGUUAACUCUGUUCCUUGGUUCACAGACACUGCCUAUUGAACUGAGUUUUGCCAACAUUUUCUAUUUUUCUUUCAAACUUCUAGCAUGUACAGUGUUUUGCUUUUGCUGAGAGGUUUCUGGACUACUAGAUAAGUUUCAAGUGUUUAUUAAUCAAUAGAAACUGGACAUUAGGUAUGCUGUUUACUUGUUUGAAUUUGACAUUAUUGAAUGAAAUUAAGAAAUCAGGCAGCCACAACUGCCAUUAACAUUAAAUGUGCUGCACCAAAUAUCUCAAUGUGCUGAAUGUUUCAGAGUUUCUGUACUUUUCCUUGUAGUUCUCUUCAGAAGAUGAAGCAGCUUUAAAGGA